AAUGAGUAAAUAUUCCCCAAUUCCCAGCAGUAAAACUCUCCUCUAAUCAAUGGAGUCCCCGUCUUGGCUUGUUCUGUCCAUAGCAUGGCUAGCUUCUCUAGCCUUCCUCUCCAAAAUUUUCAUUGGCUGGCGAUGCAGACAACUGAAGUUUCCACCAGGUCCCAACCCCUGGCCUAUCAUUGGCAACCUUAAUCUCAUCGGGUCCCUCCCGCAUCAAUCUCUUCACAAACUAUCCCAACUUUACGGGCCAUUGAUGCAGCUCAAAUUUGGUUCCUAUCCUGUAGUGGUUGCCUCAUCUGCAGAGAUGGCUAAGGAGUUUCUAAAGAAACAUGACCAUAUCUUUGCUUCUAGACCCCAAACUGCAGCCGGCAAGUACACUACUUAUAACUACUGCAAUAUCACAUGGGCACCGUAUGGACCAUACUGGCGCCAAGGCCGCAAAAUUUACCUGCAUGAGCUGUUCAGCUCGAAAAGACUCGAGUCCUUCGUGUACAUCCGAGUCGAGGAAAUGCAAGCUUUUGUCUCCCGCCUGUAUAGAUUAUCAGGGAAGCCGAUUGGGGUUAAAGAGCAGCUCUCACGUGUUACUCUCAGUAUCAUAAGCAGAAUCGUGUUGGGGAAGAAGUACUUCAGUGAGAAGAGCGAUGAUCGGCUUGGAUCGAAUUCGAUAGUGAGUCUGCAAGAGUUUCAAGAGAUUCUAGACGAGUUGUUCUUGUUGAAUGGAGUGUUGAAUAUUGGGGAUUGGAUACCUUGGCUAGACUUUUUGGAUUUGCAGGGCUACGUGAAACGAAUGAAGGCUUUGAAGAAAAAACUUGACCCAUUUCACGACCAUGUGUUUGAUGAACAUAAGCAGAAAAAGAAAGAAUUCUCCAAGGAUUUUGUGCCACAAGACAUGGUGGAUUUAUUGUUACAGCUAGCUGAUGACCCUGAUAGUGAAGUUAAGCUCACUUAUGAUGGUGUAAGGGGGUUCACACAGGAUCUGAUAGCUGGAGGCACAGAUACGUCAGCAACAACAGUGGAAUGGGCAAUCUCUGAAUUGAUCAGGCAACCACAACUCAUCAGACAAGCAACCGAAGAACUCGACAGAGUGAUUGGGAGGGAGAGAUGGGUAGAAGAGAGAGACAUCCCACAACUUCCUUACAUAGAUGCAAUCAUGAAAGAGACAAUGAGGAAACACCCUGUUUCUGUAUUGCUAGCACCACACUUGGCCUUGGAAGAUUGUAAUGUGGCUGGAUACCAUAUUCGCAAAGGAACUAGAGUCUUCGUAAAUACCUGGAGCAUAGGGAGAGACCCGCUCCUAUGGGAACAACCCGAGGAGUUUCGCCCUGAGAGGUUCAUAGGGAGGAAAAUCGAUGUGAAGGGCCAAAAUUUUGAGCUAUUGCCAUUUGGUUCAGGGAGGAGGAUGUGUCCUGGCUACAGCCUCGGACUAAAGAUGAUUCAAUCAAGCUUAGCGAACUUGUUGCAUGGCUUCAAUUGGAAAUUGCCUGACAAUACUAAAGCAGAAGAUUUGAGCAUGGAUGAGGUUUAUGGAUUGGCAACACCAAGAAAGUUUCCACUUGUUGCAGUUAUAGAGCCUCGUCUGCCCCUUCAUCUUUAUAUCUGAAUUAAUCUUGGUAUUUUUCUACUAGCUUUUGAUCAUAUAUAUCUCCACACCUAAGAAGCCUCCUCUGAUAGAAUUCAACUUUCCGAUUUAACAUUUAUGUACUUCUGUUUGAUUAUGAACUAGUAAUGCAUCUAUAACCCUCUAAAUUA